UACUACCCUUCUGGGUUAGGGUGAGUUGUAGGUUCUAAGCUUGGAGCGAGCACCGCUGGGUAGUGGUGGAGUUGCUGGACUCGGACAAUGGACAGCGCGCUGGCCGUGCCCCGGUUGCCCCCACACGACCCGGGGACGCCGGCCUUGUCGGUGGUGGACAUGCACACGGGCGGCGAGCCCCUGCGCAUUGUGCUGGCUGGAUGUCCGGAGGUGGUAGGGCCCACGUUGCUGGCCAAGCGGCGCUACAUGCGCCAGCACCUUGACUACGUGAGGCGAAGACUCAUGUUCGAGCCCCGGGGCCACCGGGACAUGUACGGGGCUGUCCUGGUGCAGAGCGAGCUUCCGGACGCUCACCUGGGCGUUCUGUUCUUGCACAACGAGGGCUACAGUUCCAUGUGCGGCCACGCAGUGCUGGCGCUUGGCCGCUUCGCUCUCGACUUCGGGCUGGUGCCUCCACCUCCAGCCGGCACAGGCGAGGCCCGUGUCAACAUCCACUGUCCGUGCGGGCUGGUGACCGCCUUUGUGGCGUGUGAGGGCGGCCGCAGUUGUGGCCCUGUGCGCUUCCACAGCGUCCCGGGCUUCGUGCUGGCCUCAGAUCUUGUGGUGGAUGUUCCUGGACAUGGAAAGGUGGUGGUGGACAUUGCAUAUGGCGGAGCAUUUUAUGCACUGGUUAGUGCAGAAAAGUUUGGACUUGAUGUGUGUUCUGCUAAGACAAGAGACCUUGUGGACACAGCGAGUGCAGUGACAGAAGCAGUGAAAGCUCAGUUUAAAAUUAAUCAUCCUGAUAGUGAAGACCUUUCCUUUCUAUAUGGAACUAUAUUAACAGAUGGAAAAGAUGCUUACAGUGAGGAGCCAACCACCAACAUCUGUGUGUUUGCAGAUGAACAGGUCGACAGGAGCCCCACUGGCUCAGGAGUGACUGCCCGAAUUGCUUUGCAGUAUCAUAAAGGCUUUCUACAAUUGAACCAGACCAGGAUCUUCAAAAGCAGUGCAACUGGCUCUGUGUUCACAGGGAAUGCUGUGAGGGAAGCAAAAUGUGGUGACUUCAAAGCAGUUAUAGUGGAAGUAUCAGGACAAGCCCAUUACACAGGUGCAGCAAGCCUUACAGUAGAAGAUGGUGACCCCCUGAGGGAUGGGUUUCUUCUCAAGUGACCGCUUCCAUGAUUUUUAAGCAAUUUCCUUCCAAAGUUAAUUAUUAUCUGUAAUCAAUGUUUCCUCUAAAUUACGUGUUAACCAUUAUCCAGUGAUACAUGUCAGCUAAUUUCCCUUCUUUCUGAAAUGGUACACUGUAGUGAAAUAGACAAUUAUCAUAUCCCAUAUUUUCAAAUGGGCUUUUGUAUAAAUAUCACUUAUGUCUACUAUACAAAGUGACAAAAAUUCAAAAACUUUUCCUGGUCAUUAUUUAUCAGGUAUAAUAGAACUUUAGCUACUUAAAUAUUACUCUAUGGUAAUUACUAUAAUAUUUUGUUUUAAAGAUUCUUUGAAUAAAAUCUGUAAUUAUAGCCUUCUCAACAAUGAACUUUACAAUUUUACUAUUUUAGUCUUCUAGUUUUAGUAAAGUAAUGGCCUCUCUGUAAGCAGUAUAUAAAGGAGAUGGGUUAUUAAGAAGUAUUCAACACUUAACAUAAAUGGCCUGGGAAGGAUGAGGGUGAUGUGAUGCUGAGAAGACCAACUAGUAAUCAGACUUUUGCUAUCUCUUUAAGGCUUUUGUGUGUGUGUGUGUGUGUGUGUGUGUGUGUGCGCGCACCCAUACAUGUGCAUGUGUACAUGCAUGGUGGGUAUAGAACCCAGGGUCUCAUGCAUGCUAAGCAGAUACUCACCCACUGAGUUCCACUCACUGGUCACUCUAAAGCUUUUAUAAAAGGGACUGCUUAUUACAUUAUUGAAGUGCAAGUGCAUGGUAGAAAUUAAUAGGGGUUGGGGAUUUAGCUCAGUAACAGAGCACUUGCCUAGCACAUGCAAGGCCCUGAGUCAGUCCUUGGUCCUGAAAAAAGAAAGAAAAAAAAAAAAAAAAAAAAGAAAUUAACCAAUGAAUCAUUACAAUGGAAUGAGUCACAUUAUCAAUUGCAUACUAAGUAAAAGAAAUGUUCAUCAUUGGCACUCUUGCUAGACAAUUGUUAUCUGUGAGCCUGUUAAAAAUAUUUGCUUGUUAUUAGUUGUCAUAAAUUGAAGCACUAACAUAUUCUCUUUUUCUGUCAUGCCCUCAAAGAAUUCAGUAGACUCUUGUGAGGUAGGUAAUAUUAUUUUCUUUCUAAGCAUAUAAAAACUGAAUUAAUUAUUCAUUUUAACCGACUUUUUCACCCAGUAAAUCAGUAUUGACCCUGUCAUUAGUUCUGUGAUUUAAUUACCUGACCAAAAGAAAAACUCUAAGUUAGUAUUUUUUUAUUUCCCCCAUAUUACACAAAAGCAGUUAAGGUAUUUUUCAUUUGAUCUUUAUAAAAUUCUGUGGCAAAGAAAUCACCUAAAAAAUUGACAAUAUAUGGCUGGGGAGAUAGCUCAGUUGGUAGAGGGCUUGUCUCGCAUGCACGAGGCCCUGGGUUCAAUCUCCAGCACCACAAAAAAAAAAAAAAAAAAUUGACACAAUCACUAACUCAGUGUGACCA